AUGGCAUUGCUUCUUCGCGUUGCUCAAAACAAAAAUAAUUUUGAGUGGACACAGGAGUGUCGACAAGCCUUGAAGGAAUUGAAAAAAAUACUUCUCAAGCCCUCUAUUGCUCUCGAAGCCAAAAGAAAGAGAAACAUUGUUGGUCUACCUGGCGAUCUCGGAAGUUGCGGUAGAUUGGCCAAAUGGGCCGUUCAAAUGAGCGAGUUCGACAUAGAGUAUAAAUCGAGGACAGCGAUUAAAUCACAAGUCCUGGCUGACUUCGUGGCCAAUUUCAGCCCGGGACUAUUGCCUAUGGCUGCCAAAGAGGCAAUAAUGGUCUCAGAACCGGCACCAGGAUUUUGGACCUUAUUCACGGAUGGAGCUUCAAACGGCUCGAAUUGGCCCUGGGGCUUGACUCUGAAGCCAUCAAAAUCAAAUGUGAUUCACAAAAGUUACUACAGGGUAAAUUCGACUAGUCUGGUAUGGGACUGGAAAAAUGAAAUAAUUGAUUAUCUCGAGCAUGGAAAGUUGCCCGAGGACCCCAAAGCUUCAAGAGCAUUGCGCGCCAAAGUUGUGCGAUAUAGCUUCAAGAAAGGCCAAUUGUACAGAAAAUCCUUUCAAGGCCCGUUGGACCGGUGCGUAGGAGCAUCAGAAGCCAAAUAUGUCAUGAGAGAAGUCCGUGAAGGGAUAUGUGGCAACCACUCGGGCACAAAUUCUACGGAGCUGAAGUUAGUCCGAGCAGGGUAUUACUGGCCCUGUAUGGAACAAGAUGCCAUAAACUUUGUACGAAAAUGUGAUAAGUGCCAACGCCACACACCACCAGUACAUCAACCAGAGGAACCCGUGUAUUCAGUUUUGUCCCCGUGGCCGUUCAUAAAAUGGGGGAUGGACAUCGUCGGACCACUACCAUCGGCUCCAGGAAAGGUGGAAGCAUGUCCCUAUCAAAAGAUCGGAGAACGUGAAGUGGUCGACUUCUUGUGGGAAAAUAUAAUUUGCAGGUUCGAAAUCCCGAAAGAGAUCGCAUGCGACAACGGGCCACAGUUUAUUGGCUCAAAAGUUACAAAAUUCCUUGAAGAUUUGAAGAUAAAAAGGAUUACCUCUUUACCUUACCAUCCGAGCGCAAAUGGCAAGGCGAAUUCAACAAACAAAACAAUUGUGCAAAACCUAAAGAAAAGAUUAGAAGCAGAAAAAGGCCAUUGGCCCGAAGAAUUACCUGGGGGAGUCAACCUUAAGGUGCUUCCAGGAAGACAAAGAAUCGGACAAAGAGGCAAUGCUAAUCAACUUGGAACUGCUCGAGGAACGCAGGGAAUUAGCGCAUGUCAGAUUGGCGGCUCAAAAGCAGAGAAUGGAGAAAUAUUAUAA